UUUUUUUUUCUUUAAGUGCUUAAAAAAGAAAGGCACAGCGCAAACGUGGCACGGACAGGAUCUUCAGUCUCUCGGCAGCUGGCGCCCAGCGAUGCCUCCGUCCCUGCUUCUCACCUGCAUCUUGGUCUCAGUCACGCCAGUGGCGCUCAUGGCCCUGGAUCCGUGUUCUGCCUACAUCAGCCUCAAUGAGCCCUGGAGGAACACGGAGCACCAGUUUAAUGAGUCUCAAGAUCCCCCUCUGUGUGACAACCACGUGGACGGGGAGUGGUACCGCUUCACAGGCAUGGCCGGAGACGCCAUGCCCACCUUCUGCAUACCAGAAAACCACUGUGGGACCCACGCACCUGUCUGGCUCAACGGCAGCCACCCCCUAGAAGGCGACGGCAUCGUGCAACGCCAGGCCUGCGCCAGCUUCAGAGGGAACUGCUGCCUGUGGAACACCACGGUGGAGGUCAAGGCUUGCCCCGGAGGCUACUAUGUGUACCGUCUGACCAAGCCCAGCGUCUGCUACCACGUCUACUGCGGUCACUUUUAUGACAUCUGCGAUGAAGAGUGCCAUGGCAGCUGCGUGGACGCCAGCAAGUGCACCUGCGCUCCGGGAACCGUGCUGGGUCCUGACGGGCAGACGUGCUUUGAUGAAAACGAAUGUGAGCAGAACAACGGUGGCUGCAGUGAGAUCUGUGUGAACCUCAAAAGCUCCUACCGCUGCGAGUGUGGGGUUGGCCGGGCGCUGAGAAGGGACGGCAAGACCUGCGAAGACAUUGAAGGAUGCCACAACAGCAAUGGGGGCUGCAGCCACUUCUGCCUGGGGCUGGAGCGGGGCUACCAGUGCGAGUGUCCCCGGGGCCUGGUGCUGUCGGAGGACAACCACACCUGCCAAGUCCCUGUCGUGUGCAAGUCCAGCGCCAUUGAGGUGAGCGUCCCCCGGGAGCUGGUGGGCGGCCUGGAGCUCUUCCUGACCAACACCUCCUGCCGAGGAGUGUCCAACGGCACCCACGUCAACCUCCUCUUCUCCCUCAAGACCUGCGGCACAGUGGUGGAUGUGGUGAAUGACAAGAUCGUGGCCAGCAACCUGGUGACGGGUGUCCCCAAGCAGACCCCGGGCAGCAGCGGCGACGUCAUCAUCCGCACCAGCAAGCUGCUGAUCCCGGUGACGUGCGAGUUCCCGCGCCUCUACACCCUCUCCGAGGGCUACGUGCCCAACCUCCGCAACGCGCCGCUGGAGAUCGCGGGCCGAAACCACGGCAUCUUCCCCUUCACGCUGGAGAUCUUCAAGGACCGCGAGUUUGAGGAGCCCUACCGGGAGGCGCUGCCCACCCUGAAGCUGCGCGACUCGCUCUACUUCGGCAUCGAGCCCGUGGUGCACGUGAGCGGCCUGCGGAGCCUGGUGGAGAGCUGCUUCGCCACGCCCACCGCCGAGAUGGACGAGACCCUCAAGUACCACCUCAUCCGCGACGGCUGCGUCUCUGACGACUCGGUGAAGCAGUACACGUCCCGGGAUCACCUCGCCAAGCACUUCCAGGUCCCCGUCUUCAAGUUCGUGGGCAAGGACCACAAGGAGGUGUUUCUGCACUGCCGGGUGCUGGUGUGUGGGAUGCUGGACGAGCGGUCCCGCUGUGCCCAGGGCUGCCAUCGGCGACUGCGGCGCGGCGCAGAGGAAGGUGGCGACUCCCGGGGUCUGCAGAGCCGGAUGCUGACGGGCGGCCCCAUCGCCAUCGACCGGGAGGAGUAGUCAGCCGUCGGGCCUCGCCUUCCCGGCUCGGGCUGCCCUCUGGAACUUCUCCCCACUGCCUCUGGAACACCAGCGACCCCCGGAGGGCCCCCCACUUCUCCAAACCUGACGCCGCGGGCUCAACCUCCCAGCUUCGACUCCCUCCGCGCCUGGCCCGCUGGGUGCGCCAGGCCACAGCGGCGCCCACCGCUGGCCUGGGCGGGGUUCUCCUUGCUAAGCUGUUCCCGCAGAAUGACGCUCGCCCUCUGUGCCCCAUUUCCUUCCUACCAUUAAAUACCUCAUAUGUGAUGCAGUAGGACCACUACAGUCGGAAGCUGGGUAGAGUUAUUUCAAGCUAGAAAGCUAAAGAAAAGUUACCAAAAUUCUGACUCAUGUGUUAAUAAUAAUUAUAGCCUGAAAUUUUAAUUCAAAUACAGAAUAGUUAUGGUGGAUAAGGAAGUUUAUCAAUAAACCUAUGUGUAAUAAAAAAACACUA